CGGGAGAAAGGAUUCCUGAAAGCAAUUCAGUAAGGUUUUUUUCAAGGUUAUUUCAUCAAAACAUCUGUGUGACUGAAACCGACAAGAUUUAGAAGCACUGCUCUUUGGAUCAUAUCUCAACAAUGGAGGCUGCGCUAGCAAAAACGCCAGAGAAAAGGCAAGUGAUUUUUCUUGCUAUAUUGUUUCUACUGUGGGAGGAUGGUUCUGAGGCAAUUAGAUAUUCCAUGCCAGAAGAAACCGAGAGUGGCUACUUGAUAGCUAACCUGGCAAAAGAUCUGGGGUUCAGGGUAGGGGAACUGGCCAGUAGAGGGGCCCGAAUCCAUCACAGAGGAAACAAAGACCUCUUGCAGCUGGAUGUAGAAACAGGGAAUUUGCUCUUGAAGGAAAAACCAGAUCGUGAAGCACUGUGUGGGGUGACAGAACCCUGUGUGUUGCACUUCCAGAUCAUACUGGAAAACCCUGUGCAGUUCUUUCAAACCGACCUGCAGCUCACAGAUGUAAACGACCAUUCUCCAGAGUUCCCUGACACUGAAAUGCUCCUAAAAAUUCAAGAAAGUGCCCAGCCAGGGACUGUGUUUCCUCUGAAGGCAGCUCAGGACCCUGACAUAGGAAGCAACACUGUUCAGAACUACACAGUCAGUCCCAACCUCCAUUUCCAUGUCGUUACUCACAGUCGCUCAGAUGGCAGGAAAUACCCAGAGCUGGUGCUGGAUAGAGCCCUGGACAGGGAGGAGCAGCCUGAGCUCACUUUAAUCCUCACUGCUCUGGAUGGGGGUGCUCCACACAGAUCUGGGACUACCACGGUUCGAAUUGAAGUUGUGGACAUCAACGAUAAUGCUCCCCAGUUUGUACAGUCACUCUAUGCGGUGGAGAUCCCUGAGAACAGCCCCUUCAAUGCCUUAGUUGUCACAGUCUCUGCCAGAGAUUUAGAUGCUGGCAUACAUGGCAAAGUAGCCUACUCUCUGUUUCAAGGCAGUGGAGGUUCUCAACCAUUUGUAAUAGAUGAAAUCACGGGAGAAAUUCAUCUUAAAGGGGCAUUGGAUUUUGAGGCAACUCCAUAUUAUAACAUGGAAAUUGUAGCUACAGACAGUGGAGGUCUUUCAGGAAAAUGCACUGUAGCUAUACAGGUGGUGGACGUGAACGACAAUGCCCCCAAACUCACCAUAUCUUCGCUCACUAGUUCCAUCCCAGAAAAUGCUCCUGAGGCUGUAGUUGCUGUUUUCAGCGUCUCUGACCCAGAUUCUGGGGAAAAUGGAAGGAUGGUUUGUUCUAUUCAGAAUGAACUUCCAUUUCUUUUGAAACCCACAUUCGAGAAUUACUACUCUUUAGUGACAGAAGGGCCACUGGACAGAGAGAGCAGGGCUGAGUACAUCAUCACCAUCACAGUCUCUGACAUGGGCACACCCAGACUCACAACCCAGCACACCAUAACAGUGCAGGUCUCUGACAUCAACGACAACGCCCCUGCCUUCACCCAAACCUCCUACACCCUGGUGGUCCACGAGAACAACAGCCCUGCCCUGCACAUAGGCACCAUCAGUGCCACAGACUCAGACUCAGGCUCCAAUGCCCACAUCACCUACUCGCUGCUGCCACCCAGCGACCCGCAGCUGGCCCUCGGCUCGCUGGUCUCCAUCAAUGCAGACAACGGGCAGCUGUUCGCGCUCAGGGCAAUAGACUACGAGGCCCUGCAGACCUUCGAAUUUCUCGUGGGCGCCACAGAUGAAGGCUCGCCUGCGCUCAGCAGCCAGGCUCUGGUACGGGUGGUGGUGAUGGAUGACAAUGACAAUGCACCCUUCGUGCUCUACCCGCUGCAGAACGCCUCUGCGCCCUGCACUGAGCUGCUGCCCAGGGCGGCAGAGCCCGGCUACCUGGUCACCAAAGUGGUAGCAGUGGACUCUGACUCUGGCCAGAAUGCCUGGCUGUCAUUCCAGCUGCUCAAAGCCACGGAGCCCGGGCUGUUCAGCGUGUGGGCGCACAAUGGCGAGGUGCGCACCACCAGGCUGCUGAGCGAGCGCGAUGUGCCCAAGCACAGGCUACUGCUGCUGGUCAAGGACAAUGGAGAUCCUCCGCGCUCUGCCAGUGUCACACUGCAUGUGCUAGUGGUAGAUGGCUUCUCUCAGCCCUACCUGCCUCUGCCAGAGGUGGCGCGCGACCCUUCACAGGAAGAAGACUUGCUCACACUUUACCUUGUUGUUGCUUUGGCCUCUGUGUCUUCGCUCUUCUUACUUUCUGUUCUGUUGUUCGUGGGGGUGAGGUUGUGCAGGAGGGCCAGGGAGGCUUCCCUGGGAGGCUGCUCUGUGCCAGAGGGACACUUUCCUGGCCACUUGGUGGACGUCAGCCGUAUGGGGACACUGUCCCAGAGCUACCAGUAUGAGGUGUGUCUGAGUGGAGACUCUGAGACAACAGAUUUUAAAUUCCUGAACCACUAUUCGCAAUAGUAUCCUUCAGGAAUCCAACAAAAUCUUAGUGUUAGGGCAGCCAGGUUUUUGUAACUGAAUAAGAAUUUCUUGGUGUGAGUUUUUUUGUUUGUUUGUUUGUUUUGUUUUGUUUUGUUUUUAGUUUUUUUCUUUUCUUUCUUGUUUUUUGUUCUGUGCUUCGUAUUUUAUCAAUCCAAUCCUUAUGCAUGUUUUUCUUCACUAAUUUGAAAGGGAAUAAGUAUCUUUGUUCUGUUUCCAUGGUCAUUUUAAAUACUGUUCUUAGGAAUCAUUUCUUCCUCUACAUUUAUGACUAUAUUUGGAAAUAUUUCCACUUCAGAUUGUAUCACGUUGAGGCUAUGCAUGUAAGUUGCUAAGUAGUAUUUGUUUUGUUUUUAACUUUUACUGCUAUGCUUUAACUGUGCUAAGUACAAUGUUCAUUGGGACAUUUUCAGAGAUGCUCAUACCAUACCAUAAUAACAUUCACCUAAUUAUCACCUCUUAUAAUCCCACUGUUUCUCCCCAUCAGUCUCCUAAAUGCCCACGUGCUAAUUGCUUUAAUUUGCUUUCACGUGCUAAUUGUGUUAGAGUGUGAUAAUUUAGCCUAAAUAAUCCGCAGUUUCAUUGAUUCCUGAAAACACCAAUUUAAUUUUUCUUGAUGCCUGAGUAAAGCAACUCCAUUGUGCAUGACUGUGUUUUCCUCCCCGACACGCCCAUUACAUAUAAUGGUAAAACAGCUUUGUCUACAGCUGAUGAAGUAUGAACAUAAGAUACAGUCAUCUGUCAUAUCUUAAGUGUUUUGUACAGAAGCAGAAGUAGUGCAAUUGAUUUAUUGUCUUUAUUGGUUACCACAAUUAGCAUUUCAAGAUUUUGUUUGCUUAUAUACAACCCUAUGUUGCUACUAAAAUGAACCAGAAAUGACCGUUUUUGACUUAAGCCAUUGCAAGUGAUGUAGUGUGCUUUCAUUUUGCCCGAUCAGACAUUUACUGAGGCAUGUGUUCGGAUGAUAAGUUGAAUUGCAAAUCAAGGAUGUAAAUGAGGGCACAUCAAACUUUCAACAGA